AUGGCAAGCUGCAAGGUCUGGUUUAUCACCGGGUGCAGCAGUGGAUUUGGUCGGGAACUCGCACUUGGUGCGUUGAGACGUGGUGACAAAGUGAUUGCAACUGCUCGCAAUGCCAGCAAGCUUGACGACAUCAAGGCUGCCGGCGCCGCCACGAUGAGUUGGGAUGUCACUGCGCCGUUGGAGGAUCUCAAGAAGGCAGCUGAGGAAGCACACCAAAUUUACGGAAGAUUCGACUAUCUGAUCAACAAUGCUGGUUAUAACCAAGUCGGUGGAUUAGAGGAACUCACUCCGGAACAAACUCAAGCACAAUUUGCCACCAAUGUCUUUGGGCUGUUGAACACUACUCGGGCUAUUGUUCCGUUCAUGCGAGCGCAACGGUCAGGGGUUGUGGCCAACUUCUCCAGCGUCGGAGCCUGGCGCGGUGUCGCCGGCGUCGGUCUAUACUGUGCUUCCAAGUGGGCGGCCAGUGGUCUCUCGGAAACUUUGUACUUUGAGCUCGCAGACUUCAACAUCAAGGUCUGUGCCAUCGAACCUGGAUAUUUCCGAUCCAACUUUCUCAACGCCGGAAACAAGCUCAAAAGAGAAAACGUAAUUGCUGAUUACGAAGGAACGGCUGUGCGAAGGGGAGAGCAGUUGAUGGAUGAAUAUGACAACAAACAGCGAGGCGACAUCAAGAAGGGCGUCAAAGUCAUUAUCGACGUCCUCACUGGCGACAGUGGGAGGGAAAUUCCAAUGAGAUUGGUGCUCGGACCAGAUGCGUACGCAACGAUCAAGGCCAAGUGCGAGGAAACAAUCAAGGGUUUGGAGGAAUGGAAAGAUCUGACUUGCUCAACCGAUCUGGACGAGAAGUAG